GGUGAAAUCAUCAUCAGUGCCGUUCGUGAUCAUUUCUAUCAUCAUCAGUGGACGGCAUCAGUACCGUCAGUUGAAUCCCGAAUGUCAACGAACUCCACCGAACAUCGUCCGAUCCAAGCAGAGGGGAAAUCCCGUAUUGUUCGGCAAUGGUCGUGCUAACAACCCCCACUACACUGAAAUCAUCCCUUCCAGCAGCAUUUCAAAAACGAGCCGAGCCGGAUUUUCCUCUCACCGGAGCAUGGGGAAAUUUUCCUCCACGACAUAAAUUUCCCCCCGCUGCAAACGCGUUUGACGGGAAAUGCGACCAAAGGUACGUCUGCAACCUCCACCCUUUCGUUCUCGCUCACUGCAAGGAUGCAGUGCAUUCAGCUGGUGGCACGCUACCAGAUGGAGCAGCUAACGUAAAGCGGCUGGUGACUUGGUUUGGCGUGUUCAGUACUCAGCAAGAUUCAAACGGCAACAGUUCGUAAAACGUUGCGCUGUCCGGAAGUUCCGCUUGGAAAUAGCAGAAGUUGCCUCGUCAUAACCGCACCUAGGUUUUCACCUAAGCUGUUUAAUACUAAUUGCGUUGGGAAGUGCUCGUUCAGUGGCUCAGUUAAAGUGUUUCAGCAUGUUUUGAGGGCCAGUUGAAAUUCCUGCCCUACAAAGUGAGGUGUCCGUAGUCGGCAAAUUUAACAAACCUUAGCAAACGAAUAUUUUAAAGAGCUCCCAGCGUGAAAUCUGUGCAAAGUUUAGCGACACUAGCGGUACAACCGGCUCGAGGUGCGAUCGAUAGCAUCGUGCUAUGAGAAGGGCACUACCACUGAACAGCUGAUGAGCGGCCUACAAACAUUCGAGGCCCUCUUCCUCAUGCUUCUAGCAACGUCGGGGGUCUCUUCUAACACUACGAGCAAAACAGGGACGGCACCUGCAACUAACGUCGUCGUCGAGGAACCAGAGUUUACGGAUGUUAUAGAAAAUGUUACAGUGCCUGCUGGGCGGAACGUCAAACUGGCUUGUUCUGUCAAAAACCUAGGAUCAUACAAAGUAGCGUGGAUGCACUUCGAGCAGUCCGCAAUCCUUACUGUACAUAAUCAUGUAAUCACAAGGAAUCCUCGCAUCAGCGUCACGCACGACAAGCAUGACAAACACAAGACCUGGUUCUUACACAUAUCAAACGUCCAGGAAGAGGACAAGGGCCGCUACAUGUGCCAAAUCAACACAGUCACUGCGAAGACGCAGUUUGGCUAUCUUCAUGUGGUGGUUCCUCCAAACAUUGACGAUUCGCUAAGUUCAAGCGAUGUAAUCGUUCGGGAAGGUUCUAAUGUGACUCUCAAAUGCAGAGCUACGGGCAGUCCAACGCCCACAGUUAAAUGGAAGCGAGACGACAACUCUAAAAUAGCCAUUAAUAGGUCGUUAAACGUACUCGAGUGGGAAGGAAAUUCCAUCGAAAUUACGAAAAUUUCGCGCCUAGACAUGGGCGCAUACCUCUGUAUUGCAUCGAACGGUGUACCGCCCACGGUGUCAAAGCGAAUUAAAGUCAGCGUUGACUUUCCACCGAUGCUGUGGAUACCGCAUCAGCUGGUAGGUGUUCCGCUGUACUUCAACGUGACAUUGGAAUGUUUCACCGAGGCGCAUCCGACAUCGUUGAACUACUGGACGCGAGAGGACGGUCACAUGAUUCAUGACUCCAAGAAGUACAGAACCGAGUCCAAUGUAGGAAUGCCAAUCUACAAAACGCACAUGCGUUUGCACAUUUACAACAUUCAGCAGACGGACUAUGGAACGUACAAGUGUGUCGCUAAGAAUCCCCGCGGAGAAACAGAUGGAACAAUUAGACUUUACACGUCCACACCACCGACGACAUCUCCCGGGCCACCAACAACUGAAUCCUACUCCGACCUUUGGUCCAACCGGAACCUCAAUGAUUCUGCCGGUGGUCUGCCCCAUCACCACGGUGGACAGCACUCGAAUUCCUAUUCUGGGCACGUGGUUGAUAAAAACUCGAAAUACUCAUCCAAUCUAAAUGAAAUUGAUCGAUCCGAGCAAAAAUCGUUCGAUACCAAUAUCAUCUAUUGGCCACCAGACACUAAUCGGAACAAUCAAGGUGCCACUACUACUACAACCCGCAGUACUCUGUCCAUUAUUUUAAACACAAGUAUGCUACUUUUGGCAAGGUUUAGCUUACAGUAACUAGAAAUCAAAAUAUAUUCUGUAAACUAAGGGCAACUGUCUGCGCACAGCAAAGUGAUAGAAAAUGUUUCGCUAGCAAAACAGCUUAACAUCUUGAUGUUCUAAUUGGCAACCAAACAGGACAAGCAAAUCGUAACAACAAGGGUGGCAAAACUAUGCUACUGCAUUCGCAGCUAACACAACAAAGAUCAACUAUUUCAACACAUAUAACUGAAUGCAGGGUUUAUAAACAUAUAUACUAAAUGACAAAUAUAUAUAUAUAUACAUAUACACAGACAUAUACCAAUUAUACAAAUAUAUUAAAAUGAGCAAAAGUCACUGACGUCAUAUACACUCAACUUGUAGCCAAAAUGAGAGAAAAAAAAGCACAACAAAACAUACCAUCAGCAAAGUGUGAAAUGUACGACAGGUUACCAAACUUCUUCUGAUAAAUUUCAGCAUAUCUCAAUCAUCUCAAACUGCACACCAUCAGUAGCAUUUACUUGUGUCACGAGCCCCUAUAUAGAUUCCCAAGGGUUGGCUUAAGGUGUACGAAAACCACAUUGUACCAAAAUAACGAGUAUACCGAGAAGUAAGAAAGCUUAGUAAAGUAGCACCACAUUUAGCCAUCCGGGGAAGAGCGGGAAGUGUUCGUAAUUAAAUUUAUCAGCUACGGGAAUAAGCACUCCAUUACCUUCGUCGAUUUGCAUCGCGCAAAGAUAAGGAGAGACAACACACAACUAAGAAACAAACAGUUGAGCUUAUGUUUUUUGUGUUUUCGUUUAUUUCUCACCCUGAAGGUAUUUCUGAUGAAAUAACACAGCUUUAUAAGAAACAUAAGAAGCAGAUGCAGCAAAAACAUUCCUACAAAGAAUAUCUAUGUGUCCAAAAAACAUGCCACGAAAUGUUUGAACACGAUACUACGUUCUCAAAAACAAACCAAGUAUCGUGUUUGAGUGUAGUAAACGCAACCAUUCGGUAAAAAAAAACAAUCGAACAUUUACAUCAGGGUAUAUCAACACAAGAACAAAUUCUUUUGCUAGAACUGAAGAACACUAACUAAAGAAUUCACUUCCAGAAGAGGGUGAAAUUCCAAAGCCUGUAUAUUAGUACGGAAGCUUGUAUUAUUCGACUGAAAAGGUUAUCUUUAACAAGUAAAAACAAACAUUGAAAAGGCACAUUUAUGACCACAUAUCAGAAAUGGCGAUUUGAAGGAUAGUUUUUAAUAGAACACAAGCAUUGUUAGAAAGAUUUGUAAGGUCUUGUAACAUUUAUGACUAACGUUUGUUUUGUAUACUGCGCGCAUUCCAGUU